AUGGACGACCAAAGUGAAAUUAAUCCUUUCCCCCAAACUCCAGUUAAAGAACAUAAAACUACCCCUUAUGAAAACCCCCCAGCUAAUAAUGACCAACCUGCUGAUUUGGAAAAUCCAAAUGCUUUACACAAUGAAAAAAGACUCUUUUCUUGGUGUUUCUCCAAAGAAGUGCCUCCAGUAACUGCUCCAGAAGAAAGAAAAUCCUAUCCUUGGAAAAAGGCAAAUCCUUUUAGUAGAGCUAUGUUUUAUUGGUUAUGGCCAACUUUAAUGAAAGGUUAUAAAAGAACUUUACAACCCGAUGAUUUAUGGUAUUUACCAGAUAAUUUAAAAGUUGAAGCUAUGCAUGAAAAAUAUAUGAAUAAUUUGGAAAAAAUCUUAACUUCUGCUAGAGAUAAGCAUUUAAAGAAACAUAAAGACUUAUCUGAAUUCCACUGGCCUCAUUGGGCUAUUCCUUGGGCCAUUUAUAAAACUUUUUUCCUUCAAUAUUCUAUGAGUUGUACAUUUUUAGCUUUAUCCUUUUGUUGUCAAGCCUUAUCUCCAUUAUUGACUAGAAGAUUAAUUGAUUUUGUUGAAAAUCAAUAUUUUGGAAUCGAAACUACCUAUAAUAAAGGUAUUGGCUAUACCAUUGGUUCAGUUAUUUUAAUUUUUGUCAAUGGUUUAUUAUUAAAUCAUUUUUUCCAUAAUGCUAUGGUUACUGGUGCUCAAGCUAAAUCAAUUUUAACAAAACAAUUACUAUUAAAAAGUUUUAAAUUAAGUGCUAAAUCAAAAUUUAAAUUCCCUAUUGGUAGAGUUACUUCUUUAAUGACUACUGAUUUGGCUAGAAUUGAUUUGGCCAUUGGUUUCCAACCUUUAAUUAUUUGUUGUCCUGUUCCAGUUAUUAUUGCCGUGGUUUUAUUAUUAACUAAUAUCGGUGUCGCUUCUUUAGCUGGUAUUGGAUUAUUCGUGAUUUCUUUAGUAGUUUGUGUUUUAUUAACUCACAAGUUAUAUUUAGUUAGACAAGACGUUGUUAUCUUUACCGAUGAAAGGAUUUCUUUAAUGAGAGAAGCUUUAAAUAAUUUAAAGAUUAUUAAGUUUUACGCUUGGGAAUUAGCUUAUAAAUUAAAAUUAACUAAAUUAAGAGAAAAAGAAAUGAAACAUUUAUUUACAAUUAAAGUCUUGAGAAAUUUUAUCACUGCUUAUGCUGUUACUUUACCAACUUUAAGUUCAAUGAUUUCUUUUGUUACCAUGUGGGCAAGUAAUAGAAUGAAAUCUCCUGGUGAAGUUUUCUCUUCUUUAUCUCUUUUCUCUAUUUUGGCCCAAGCCAUUAUGUUGUUACCAAUUGCCUUGGCCACUGGUGCUGAUGCUUAUAUUGGUUUCAAACGUUGUAAUGAUUAUUUAAAUGCUUCUGAAUUUGAUGAUAAUGAGGAUGAAACAAAUUAUAAAAAAGGUUCUAAACUUGUCAGUGGUAAAUUUUAUGUGGCUGGUGAUACUGAUCUGGAAUUAGCCUUUAAAAAUGACUCUUUUGUUGUUAGUAAUGAUGAAUUAUCUUCUAAUGAAAAAAAUGAAACUGUUAUUCAAGUUAAUAAUGCAGAUUUCAUUUGGCAAACUUUCCAUGAUGAAUUCGAAGAUGAUAAUUCUCUUUGGGAAGAAGAACAUCCAGCUGCUAAAAAGAGAAAACAACAAUUUGCUUCCAAAAACAAAAAAUUAAAUAAUCAAGUCUCAGUUCAUGAAAAGGCUGUUUCUUUCAACUCAAGAUCUUCUACUGACACUUAUUUUGAAUCAAUGAAUUCAAUUUCAACCGGUGGUGAAAAUAAUAACGGAUUCCCCGGAUUAACAAAUAUUAAUUUGACUAUUAAAAAGGGUGAAUUUGUGGUUAUCACUGGUGUUAUUGGUUCAGGUAAAUCUUCUCUUUUAUCUGCAUUGGCUGGUUUUAUGAAGUUAAGCAAUCCAGGUAUUGGUUCAUUAAAUAUAAGUGAUGAUUUAUUAUUAUGUUCUGACCCUUGGAUCCAAAAUGCUACCGUUCGUGAAAAUAUUUUAUUCGGUAAAAGUUAUAACCCAGUUAAAUAUAAAAAAGUUGUUCACGCCUGUUGUUUAGAUGAUGAUAUUGCCAUGUUGUCUGCUAAAGAUCAUACUGAGAUCGGUGAGCGUGGUGUUACUUUAUCUGGUGGUCAAAAAGCUCGUAUCAACUUGGCAAGAGCUACUUAUGCUGAUAAAAACAUUCUUUUAUUCGAUGAUGUACUCUCUGCUGUCGAUGCAAGAGUUGGUAAGCAUAUUACUGAUAACUUAUUCUAUGGCCUUUUGAAAGACAAAACUAAAGUUUUAGCUACCCAUCAAUUAUCUCUUGUUGAAAAUGCUGAUAAAAUUGUUUUUUUAAAUGGUGACGGUUCAAUUGAUGUUGGGACACUUAGUGAAUUGUCUUACAGAAACCGUAACUUCAGAACUUUAACCGAUUUCUAUAAGGAUUCAAACAAACCCACUAACGAUGCUCCUCUUGGACAAAUUAAUUAUAGUAACGAACAAAUCUAUAACACUACCAAUCCUUACAACGAAGAUCUUUAUUUAUCAAGAGAAGAGACAAAUGCUCCAGAACCAGGUGACUUAACCGGUAGAACUUUAGAAGACGAAGACAGAGCUACUAAUGCCAUUAGUUGGGAAAUCUACAAGAGAUAUAUAAACCUUGGUUCUGGUAUUUUUGGCUACUUGGCUGUUCCUGUUUUCCUUAUAAUUAUUACUUUAGCUACCUUCUGUCAACUUUUCACCAAUACCUGGUUAUCUUGGUGGACUGAAAAGAAAUUUAAGCAGUUAUCCGAUCAUUAUUAUGUUGGAUGGUACGUUGGUUUUGCAUUUUUAACGGUAUUUUUUACUGCUAUUGAAUUCGCUGUUUUAACCUAUAUGAAUAAUCGUUCAGCAGAGUUAUUGAACGUUAAAGCUGUUGCUAAAGUUUUACAUGCACCAAUGAGUUUCAUGGACACUAAUCCAAUGGGUAGAAUCUUGAAUAGAUUUACUAAAGAUACUGAUUCUUUGGAUAAUGAAAUUGGGGAACAAUUAAGAUUAUUCUUAUUCCCAUUGGCUUUGAUCAUUGGUAUCGUGAUCUUAUGUAUUAUUUAUUUACCUUGGUUUGCUAUUGCUGUUCCAUUUUUGGGUUUGAUGUUCGUUUUCAUAUCUAACUUUUAUUCCGGUUCUUCAAGAGAAAUUAAAAGAUUGGAAGCUUUACAAAGAUCAGUUGUUUAUAAUAACUUUAAUGAAACUUUAACUGGUAUGACAACCAUUCAAGCAUAUAAGUGUGAAGAUAAUUUUGUUAAAAAGAAUGAUCAUUUCUUAAACAAAAUGAAUGAAGCUUAUUAUUUAGCAAUUGCUAACCAAAGAUGGUUAAGUGUUCAUUUGGAUAUUGUUGCUAGUUUAUUUGCUUUAAUCAUUUGUGUGUUAUGUAUCACUCAGCAAUUUAACAUUAGUGCUUCGUCAACUGGUUUAUUGUUAAAUUAUGUUAUUCAGAUUGUUGGUUUAUUAUCUUUAACUAUUAGAUCAAUGACUCAAGUUGAAAAUGAGAUGAAUUCAGUAGAAAGAUUACAUUCUUAUGCAUUCCACUUGCCUCAAGAAGCACAGUACGAAAUCCCGGAACAAAAACCACCACAAGAAUGGCCAGCCGCUGGAUUUAUUCAAGUCAAAGACCUUUCAAUCAGAUACAGACCAAAUUUACCUUUGGUUUUGAAAAAUUUGAACUUUAACAUCUACCCUGGUGAAAAAGUUGGUAUUUGUGGUAGAACUGGUGCUGGUAAAUCAUCGAUUAUGACUGCUUUGUAUAGGUUAAAUGAACUUGAAACUGGUAGUAUACGUAUAGAUGGUUUAGACAUCAGUCAAAUGGGAUUAUACGAUUUAAGAUCAAGAUUAUCCAUCAUUCCACAGGACCCAGUAUUGUUCCAAGGUAGUAUCAGAAGAAAUUUGGAUCCAUUUGAUCAAUAUGAUGAUGAUAUUUUGUGGGAUUCCUUGAGAAGAGCAGAUUUGAUUGAUGAACUUCAACUCUUCAAAAUGAAAGGUAUUAAAUUAGAUCCCGAAAAUAAUGUUGGCCUCGAUGAUUUACCAAAAUUCCAUCUUGAUCAAUUGGUUGAAGAUGAUGGUAAUAACUUCUCUUUGGGUGAAAAACAAUUACUUGCUUUAGCUAGAGCUUUAGUUCGUAAUUCCAAAAUUUUGGUCUUAGAUGAAGCUACAUCAUCUGUUGAUUAUGGUACUGAUGCUAAAAUUCAGGAAACUAUUGUGAACGAAUUUACUCAGUGUACCAUUUUAACAAUUGCUCAUAGAUUAAAGACAAUUCUCAAUUAUGAUAGAAUUCUUGUCAUGGAUAACGGAAGCAUUGUCGAAAAAGGAACACCUUUGGAACUUUUUGAUAAAAAUGGUGUCUUCACAAAUAUGUGUGAAAAGGCUAACAUACGUCGUGAUGAGAUUGUUGAACAUUUGUAUUAA